CAGAAAGUCCUGGGAGAGUAAGUGCGUCAGCAGGUCUGGACCACCAUGUGGACCUUCUGGCUCCAGCUGAUGUUGCUCAGCGCUUCCAUCCAGCAGGUGACCAGUUCAGGUGCAGGACGACACUCACUGUGGGUUUUGGGAACCAGUAUCUCAGGACCCUCACAGCUGCCAGAGUUCAGCUGCAUCCUGAUGCUGGACGACCUCCAGGUGGCGUACUACGACUCCACACUGGACCACCUGGUCACCAGCAGCAGGGACAGGACUCCACUGGACCUGGGUCAGAACGCCAUGAGGAUCGCUCAUGACAUGAUCUUAAACAUGAGAGACAGACUGAGGUUCUCCAAGCACCGCUUCAACCAGACCGAAGGUCUCCACGUCCAGCAGAGAAUCGCAGGCUGUGAGAUCCAGGACGGACAGCCGACCGUCGUCAUGUCACGUGAUGGUUUUGACGGUCAGGACUCUGACAGCCGGAUGUACAACACCACCCACUUCUCCUGCACAGUCAGAGAUGCCUUGCAGGGCUGGUGGACUGCAGCGAGGUGGCACUUCGUCCAAACCCUCUAUCAUCAUUUCUACCUCCCGACAUGUGAGGCAGUCCUGAAGCAGCUGCUGGAGCAGAAGAAGAAGCUGCUGAACCGUCGAGUCCGGCCAAGACUCCGCGUCUUCUCCAGACAGGGGAAGGGUGGAGCUCUGCUCACCUGUCUGGCCACAGACUUCUACCCUCGCCACAUCAACCUGACCCUGCUCCGGGACGGACGGCAGGUGGAGGAGGAUCAGCUGAGCGCUGGUCUGCUGCUGCCCAACGCCAACGGCCUCUACCAGGUGAGGAAGAUGCUGGUGCUGACAGAGCAAGAGCUGCAGCAGAAACACAACUACACCUGCACUGCCGCUCACCUGAGCCUGGACAACCGACUGCAGGUGAGCUGGAGGGCCGAGUCCUACCACUCCCACCGGGCACACUUGGUCUCGCCGCUCGUCCUGGUGGCUCUGCUUCUGCUGCUGCUCCUGCUUCUGGCCCUGGCCAAGUGUGGCAAAUCUCAGGAGCUCACAGAGACUCAGUGGAGGCAGAGAGUGAAACUCAGCGGCUGUGAAGCGCCCCCUGGUGGCCGUGAGACAUUACAAGUCUUUUAAACAUGGUCCCAAAGCAGCGUUUCCUCUCUUCCAGCUUGGUCCAGGAGGGGAAGUCUGUUGCUGUAAAUGUGGAGCAGAGUUCAGAACCAUCAUCUCAGUGUGUUUCUUCAUGUCGCUUUAUACUGUGACCUCGGCAGAAAGGUGAUAUACAUAAUAAAGUAAUUACAUUAAAGUAAAUACAUUAUUAAGGCUCAAACAAUGAGAACUUUGAGCUUCUUAUUCAAAAGGCAGGAAAACAAUGAAGUGAAUGGCUUGUUACAGAGCUCUCUCACUGAGGGGAAGAGUUCUACUGACCAAGGCAGAGGGCGUCUCUCCACUGGUUCAUGCUGCAUUCACCCUUCAUCUUGACAAUGAGCUUCUGAAAGAAACUGAUAAAAUCAUUUUCAAUUUCAUUUGGAAAAUCCGGCUACAUUAUAUAUAUUUGAAGAAGUCACUCAUCACAUAGUUAAGUUACCUGGAAUAACAAGGAUAUUUGAGUAAAACAAAAGAGUGUCUUCCUGCCACUUUGGUCAUUUGGUGCUAUAUCUCCCAGGAUGUGCACGUUACUUAAACAUCAACAAGAAUUGCUGCAGGGAAGAUAGUACCCCCAUUGAAUACAUUUGCUGGUAGGACUUGUUUAAAAAACUAUUCAAAGAUCAACAAAUCAGAUGGUGGUUUAUUUCAGAGAGACAUCUGAAGCUCGCCACACAUUGUCUGUUAUUGGAGACAGUUUGAGGACGAACAAUGGAAGAAGGUCUGACUGUUGCCUCAUUGAGAAACAACACAGUGAGACAAGUCUCUUUCAAACGUCUUCAGAAAAUAUAUCCAAGCAAAGACUUUGGUAAAGAUUGUUUUCAAAAACAUAUUGAUACCACCUGUCAUUUUUGUGAAUCUUCAUCUGAGUCACCUGGACAUCUCAUCUGGCUUUGCUCUGCUGUCAAGAGCUUCUGGCAGCAGCUUUGUGAUUUCAUCGACGACAAAAUAAUGAUUGAUUUUCAAAUGUUUUGGAAACAUCUUGUGUUUGUCUGGCAUGACCAUUUACUGCCAGAAUAUCUGAUUGUGAACCAUAUAAUAAUUCUCGCCAAAUUCCACAUUCAUGAAUCUAAAUUCAGCAGGAAAAAAAAACCCUCCUCACUUGGAUUUUUCAUUGAGACUCAACAAUUCUUCAAUUCCAUAAAACAUUCAACUAAACAGAAGACAUGUAAGAUCAUUAAUGCUUGCUUUCAACUUUUUAUUUUAUUUAUAAAAAUAUAUAUUUCUACACAUUUUUUUUCAUAAACACACACCAUAACCCCUUGUGUUUUGUCAUACUCUGUUUUAUUUAUUUA